AUGGCUUCUGCAACCCGCCACUUCGCCCGCGCGGCGGCCCGCGCCUCGGCCCGCAGCAGCGCCUUCGCCGUCGCCCCUCGCCAGGCUUUCCGCCACCAGGGCCGCCGCUGGUACUCGUCCGAGCCGUCCCAUAAGCAGCAGCAGCCGUCGUCAUCGUCGUCGUCGUCGGCGCCCUGGCUGUACCUGACCGCAGCCGCCGCCGCCGGAGGCCUCGGCUACUGGUUCUACACCAGCGACGGCGCGCCCUCGGCGGCCUCGACAAAGCUGGUCAACCCCACGCGGGCCGACUACCAAAAGAUCUACAACGAGAUUGCCAGCCGCCUCGAGGAUAAGGACGACUACGACGACGGCAGCUUCGGGCCCGUCCUGCUGCGUCUCGCCUGGCACGCCAGCGGCACCUUUGACAAGGCCACCGGCACGGGCGGCAGCAACGGCGCCACCAUGCGCUUUGCUCCCGAGUCUGACCACGGCGCCAAUGCCGGUCUCAUUGCCGCCCGGGACUUUCUCCAGCCCGUCAAGGCCAAGUUCCCCUGGAUCACAUACUCGGAUCUCUGGAUCCUCGGCGGCGUCUGCGCCAUUCAGGAGAUGCAGGGCCCCAUCGUCCCCUACCGUCCCGGCCGCAGCGAUAGAGACGUGUCGGCCUGCACUCCCGACGGCCGCCUGCCUGACGCCACAAAGGGUGCCGACCACCUCCGCAACAUCUUCAACCGCAUGGGCUUCAACGACCAGGAGAUUGUCGCCCUGUCCGGCGCCCACGCCCUGGGCCGCUGCCACACGGACCGAUCUGGCUUCGACGGUCCCUGGACCUUUUCCCCGACCAUCCUGACCAACGACUAUUACCGCCUGCUCGUGGAAGAGAAGUGGCAGUGGAAGAAGUGGAACGGCCCCAAGCAGUACGAGGACAAGACUACCAAGACGCUCAUGAUGCUGCCGACCGACAUGGUGCUGGUCCAGGACAAGAAAUUCAAGCCCUUUACGGAAAAGUACGCCAAGGACAACGACGCCUUCUUCAAGGACUUUUCGACCGUCGUCACCAAGCUGUUUGAGCUCGGAGUCCCCUUUGCCGAGGGCACCGAGAACCAGCGAUGGACCAUGAAGCCCACCUGGGACGAGUCGAACUAA